UUUCUUCUGAUCUAAUAUGUUCUGAACUUAUUAUGAAAUAAGUAAAAAUAAGUUAAACAAUGAACAACCACUUAAUAAAACUCUCUCUUCCUUAAUCCUCACUCAUACUCAAAUUACUCACACCACAACCCAACCAAACCAAACAUGAUGUAAAAAACACAACUUCUGAGGGGUUGGGUGAGAUGAGGUGGGCCCCACCACCUCAACCCUGAAUCUCAACACCCACCCCCACCUCUUCUUCCUCCGUCCUAGGCGGGCGUUUUUAACCCGCCCCACCCUCAUCCGGAUCCUCCCACCUUCCCCUUAUAAUCAACCCUACCCCCCCUCUUUCUCUCUCCCCAACUUUCUCUCUCCUCCAUGGCUUCCUCCUCUCCGCCGCACCAACCACCUCCUUUCUCCGACUACCUCGACCCUCCUCUUGGCAUCCCCCUCCUCCUCCCCGCACCCCCACCACCACCCCCACCUCCUUCCCGCCGCCUUCCUCCGCCGUGCUGGACCCCUGAUGAAACCUCCGCUCUCAUCGACGCUUAUCGUGAUAAAUGGUACUCUCUCCGCCGUGGUAACCUCCGUGCUGCUCACUGGCAAGAUGUUGCCGACACUAUUCACCGUCUUUGCCCUCAUGUUUCUCCCCCCAAAACCUCCGUUCAAUGUCGCCAUAAAAUGGAGAAGCUCAGGAAACGUUAUCGUUCUGAGCUUCAGCGAGCUAAGUCUAUUCCUCAUCAUCGCUUUUCUUCUUCUUGGAUUUACUUCUCUAAAAUGGAUUCCAUGGAAAAGGGUAAUUCUGGUCCUGCUUCUUCUGCUGGGAAUGGUGGAUUUAAUGGUGUUGAUGAAGAAGAGGAAGAAGAUGGUGGUAAUGAUGAUGAUGAUGUAAAUGAUGAGGAUUAUGGGGUUGGUGGGUCUUUCGGAAAGGGAGUGAAGAAUUAUGGGAGAAAUGGGUUGAAGAUUCGAAUUGCUGGGAAUUCCAAUUCCAAUUUGAAUUUGAGAAAGAAUUAUGGAGGAUUUCAGGAAAUUUCUAACCCUAACCCUAACCCUAGGUUUGGAUUUAAUUCGUCAAUUCAGUCAAGGUGUAAUGAAUUUGGGUCGCCUCCUAAUCAAUUUGAUGUUGGACCGAGGUAUUCGGGGAGUUAUGGGAGCAAUGGUGGAGGUGGGUUUUCGUCUGGGAAUGGAUUGGGGGUAAUGAAGAUGAUAAAGAAGAAGAGGAGUGCGUUGGGGAAGAAAGAGGGGAGACGAGAGGCAGGGGAUAAUGUGGCGAUGGCGAUGGUGGAGGCGAUACGAAUGUUGGGAGAAGGGUAUGUUAGGACUGAGAUGACUAAGAUGGAGAUGGUGAGAGACUCGGAGAAGGCGAGGAUGGACAUUGAGAUGAAUCGAACUCGGAUGAUGCUUGAGUAUCACCAAAGCAUUGUUGAAACUUUUGUUAGAGGAUGGUCUGAUCACUUUGUUGACAACAAUGAUGAUGACGACGAUGAUGACAGGAACAGUGAGGGAGACGCCUCGCCUCCUAGAUGCUAGUUCCCAUUUGAUUGUAGUCUAAUCUCCGGUGAGAAUUGGAGAGUUUUUUUUUUGGUGCUUGAAUUGCAUAGUAUAGUAUCAGGGGAGAUUGAGAGAGUUGUAUGUUUGGGGAUUUCAUUUUGUACUAGGAUGCUAUCAAAUGGUAGUUGUGAAGUUGUCGGAUUAGUUAGGUUUUUGAUUUGGAAUUGCUGUGUAGAUUUGUAUGGUUUAGAGUAGUAACUAGAUUCUAAUCUGUAACCAAAAUUGUGAGUGAAAUCAACUUUACUUCUAAUUUGCGUUGUUUCUUCAGCUUGGAUUUCUUGCUA